AUAGCAACGUCGUGUCUUUUCGGUACACCAGUCAAAACUGAAUUUCGUCCCUUCUUAUCGCAGUCAACACACAGUGCAACACGCUUCACAAAUUUAGUGAAAAAAUGCUUUGCACGCGCGGGUGGUCCUUUCCCUCGGUGAUGAAGCGCGGUUGCCCCGGACCACCAAAAAGAAACGACAAGCUUCUCAUGCAGAGUCAGCAUGAGAAGUAUAAUUUCCCCCUGUCGCAUAAUUUCCAGCACCACAACUUUGAUGUCUACUACUCCGCUGGCGCGACAACAAAUUUUCGUUCCUUCGUCGGCGUUAUGACUUGCCAAAGUAUCGUACUCGUAUAAAUGCAUUACAAAUUUCGUCAGCAUGAGAGAUAAAAUUUGUAAUGCUGAUUUACCUUAAGAGAAAGAUUUGUCAUGCAUGAUUGCAAUACGAGUGCGAUACUUUUGCACAGGAUAGGCUUCGUCAAAUUUCCAAUGAACAAGCCGAAAACUACGAACUACUAUCCUAUGUAAAAACGUCCGCACCCCAUAGUUGCAAUGCACAUCUGCAUGCUGAAAAUAUUUCUCAUGCGGAGCCCCAACAUGUGAAGCACUUUCUAGUCGUGCUUUGGACUUUGUGAUGCUCGAAUCACCAUGAUAUGCUACAUCUUUGAUGCUGCUGAACUAGCGAAACAGCAUUAUGCUACGUCGAGGCCAAACUUGUCAUGCGCGACAACCAAAGCUUGUUAAUUUGUCUAGCAGAGUUAACAUUUUGACUAUCGGGUGGGGGCGUUGUUCCACACGAUAAUUACGAGUCCAUCCCCACCUACCCGCCGCGCCCGAACUUCAAAGAUUUCAAGAACAUUUUGAAGCCCGACUCCCAUAUGGAGUUCUCAACUGUUACAUUCUCAACUGUUACAACAUGCAUUUGUAAUGCCUGACUGGCAACAGUGAAAGGAGGAAGAUGAUUUUUGCGCCUUUUGCAUUAUAAGUUUGGCGCAGAUUUAGGCUCGGCUUAGCCCUUCGCAAAUUUGUCAUGCGGAGCAGCUUGAUCGUGAGGAUGAUGGUGGUGCUUUUGCAUGACAGAUUCAUGUAACAUUUCAGAAUGUAACGUUUGAGAACCCCAUAUCCCAGGUCGUUGUUUUCGACGGCUGCCCGGAUGACCCCUACAAACCCUCCUCCACCCCGCUCUACCAGACCGCGACUUUCAAAGCGCCCACCGCCGACUCGUUCGGGGAAUAUGACUACACGCGGUCGGGGAAUCCGACGAGAACGGCUUUGGAAAAGCACGCGGCCCUGCUGGAAAAGGCCACCGCGACCUUCGCCUUCACCUCUGGGAUGGCGGCGCUGGCGCAGGUCGUAUGCGGGUGCACAACUCCCCCUCCCCGUCCCCCUCAUUUGUCAUGCACAAUACCAAAUCCAAGCGCUGCUCUUGGGUACUGUUCGCAUGACAAAUUCCGGAAGCCCAAACAGAAGUACUACAUUACGCACACUCGCUUGCCAUGCACUGGCUUCACAGGUGCAGGUGUUUGUAUUGCUUUCCAUGCCAUACAAAUGAGAGGAAGGGGGAGUUGUGAACUGUCAUAGGUCGUGCGGUUGGUCGGGAAAGACGGUGUGAUUUUCUGCGGGAACGACAUCUACGGGGGCAUGUACCGAUAUCUGACGAAAAUGAGUUUCUGUGCGGAGCUGCACUUCAUUCCGACCUACAACGUGGAGGCUGUGAGGAAGGCGAUCGGUGAAGCGCGGACGAGACUGGUCGAUUUGGAAAAUGAAAAAUCCAAGCAAAAGAUCCUGCUCCACCUGGAAUCUCCCUCGAACCCGCUUUUGAAGAUCUCUUAUCAAAUGCAAAUAUGUCAGUCUGGAUCUGGGACAUCAUUGCGAGAUUUGUCAUGCUAGUCUGGCAUGAUUCUGACCUCUGUAUUGCGUGACCGCGAAGAGGAGCUCCUGCACGCGUCUGUCAUGCAAAAACGGAGUUUCUCAUGCGGAGUACACAACUCAGCACCCCGGAAAGUCUUGUCAUGCUGGAAAGCGCAUUACAGUGUGCUCAGUAUUUGCUUUCUUGCAUCACAGGUUUCGUCCAGACCCAGACGUAUUUCCAAUCCAUAUCUCCGACAUCAAAGCCAUCGCGGAAAUUUGCGAGCAGAACAACGUCCUGCUCUCCGUGGACUGCACGGCCAUGGGGCCGCUGCUGUGCAAACCGAUCGACUAUCAAAUGCAAACAUGUCAGUGUCUGGAAACUUGUAAUGCUGAGUGACGGAGCAUGUGUGGAGGCCACAAAUGAUGGCUCCGCAUGACAAGUUUCUGGGCUUUGAAAGUCUAAGUGUAAGUGUUGCUUAUUCUGCAUCACAGAAAAAUGGGGCUUUUGGGUAACGUGCAUGACAGACAUACUUAAGAGUCUUGCAAGCCUAGCAUGACAAACCUUGCGCUUUUCCAGACCCAGACACAUUUGCACUGGAUAUCGACCUCGGGGCGGACCUGGUCGUGCACUCCGCGACCAAGUGGCUGGGCGGCCACUCGGACACCAUGGGUGGCUUGCUGUCCGUGAAGUGCCCCGAGCUCGCGCAGGCGGUGGCCUACAACCAGAACGCCGAGGGCACGGCGCUGGCGCCCUUUGACUGCUGGCUGCUGCUGCGGGGCAUCAAAACCCUGGCGAUACGGCAGAAGAAAGCCCAGGAAAACGCGCGGCAGGUCGCGGCGUUUCUGUUGCGGCAUAAGAAAGUCUUGAAGCUGUAUUGGACGGAGCGGAUUGAUACUGAUGAGGAGCCACAAGAACUACACUCCAUCGCGGAACAGAUGCUCACCGAAGAGGAAGAACAGAUUCACCGAAAGCAGACGACGCCGGGGGCGUGCGGCUGUUUGAUUUCUUUCACCACCGACUAUUGAGAGGAAAAAUUCCCCCUCCCCAUAUUGAAAAGGUAUGUGUCCAAAAAUUUGUGUUGCGGAUUUGAGGUCACAAAUUACAUCUGUCUUGCAAGAAGACAAGGGCAGAAGCUUCCGCCCCAUUAUGGCGGCGAUUUGUCAUGUUGCUAGGCCUAAAGGGGAGCCGUUUGUAAUGCUAAGCACCUAGACCCAAAUGGAAUGCCCCUCCCUAGGCUGCGGAUCUGGCUGCGGUGCCGUAUUGCAAGACAGCGCGCAUUUGUGUACACAAAUCCUGCAUCACAGAUUUCCCAUUUGAUAUGGGGUGGGGGCUUUUUUCAUUUUGAUACCGACGACGCCGAGUUCAGUAAGCGACUGCUGGACUCCCUGCGUCUGUUCAAGAUUUCGGUGUCCUUCGGGUCGGUGCUAUCAACAGCAAAAAUGUCUGGGUCUGGAAGAAUGCCAGACUUGUCAUGCAGGUUUUCCAUGACCCAUGAGGUCUGGUGUGUAGGACAUAGCAUGACGGAUUCUGUGUUAGUUCUAUCAUGCCUAUCCUGCGUGAGAAACUGCCUCUCGAUUAGGUCAAAAGUGGACAGCUUUUGGUAAUCAUGCAACACAGAUUUUUGCACGAUUCAGAUUCGGCAUGACAAGUUGCUCUGUUCCAGACCCAGACACGUUUGCACUUGAUACGUGCACUCGGUGUGCGAAAUGCCCGUCUCCAUGAGCCACGCCAGUUUGCCGAACGAGGUGAAGGGGGCAAAUGCAGCGGACGCCGCGAAGAAGGAGAAAAGCGCAGAAGAUAUGGCGAUGGCGUUCCAAAACGUUACAUUUUCAGCUGUUACAUGAAUUUCUGAUGCAAAAACACAAAUUUGCAAAGAGGCAAGCUUGCAAGUCUCGCAUCACAAAUUUGGCACAGAUUCCGAUGUUGUCUAGCCUUUGGAGAAUUUGUCAUGCGCAGCAGCUUGAUCGUCUGGCGGCUCAUCGUCAUUUUGCAUGACAAAUCAUGUAACAGCUGAGAGCGUAAGGUUUGAAAACGCCAUAGAAGAUGAUGCGGACGUCGAUCCGCUACCGCCGGAUUUGGUCCGCCUCUCCAUCGGCAUCGAGGACGUGGAGGACUUGAUUGGCGAUUUUUAUGCAGCUGAGUACUUAGCUCAUUUCUCAUGCGGGCUGCGGGAGUCGAGAACGUGUUUGAUGUUUGGUGGAAUCGCAUUGUCAUGUUGUUGUAUUUCUAGAAGGUUGCAUAUGCAUGCUUAUGCGGUCGGAUAUCGCAGAUAGAUGAAUCAAUACUAGAUUGUUAAUACAACUUACUCUUACUUCUACGCGAACUCGGUCCUUGUCCCUGCUCCUUCGUAGAAAGAAACCUCACCUAUUCCAUACCCCGCACCAAGCUUUCAAAGCGGCGGAAAUUUUGGUGGAAAACAACGUGAAGCAGUUUUAUCAGGGUCCGCGGCAGGAAAAGCGUUUGGAGCAGAUUGGGAAGGGUAAUUUACCCGAGCUCUUUGCGGAAGCGGACCCGGAGGAGAAUUUGCUGUUCGAUUCGAAAUAUCAAGUGCAAAAGCAUCGUACUCGUAUUGCAGUCAUGCAUUACAAGUCUUUUUCUUGAGGUAUAUCAGCAUUACAAAUUUUAUUUCUCAUGCUGCGGAAAUGCAUUUAUACGAGUGCGAUACUUUUGCACUGCAUACGAAAUUUGAAGAUUUAGAAGUGACCCCGAGAAUGAUGGAGAAAGAAGAUAAAUAA